UGGACUUGGCCGUGGGGGUGGCGUGUCCGUGUGCAGAGGAAAAGCUCUCGAUUUCGGGGAAACAUCGCAUUCCCUAGUGGAAUUGAAAUCCAUCCCUCUCCUGCCUCUCUGUGACACAAGGAAUCAUGGGCAACACAGAGAAGUUGAUGAACCAGAUCAUGGAAUUGAAAUUCACCUCCAAGUCCCUUCAACGCCAAGCCCGUAAAUGCGAGAAGGAAGAGAAAUCCGAGAAGCUUAAGGUCAAGAAAGCCAUGGAGAAAGGGAACGUGGACGGCGCUCGCAUCUACGCGGAGAACGCCAUUCGAAAGCGAACCGAGCAGAUGAAUUAUCUGCGUCUCGCCUCUCGGCUUGACGCCGUCGUCGCUCGGCUUGAUACCCAAGCCAAGAUGAGCACCAUCAAUAAGUCCAUGGCUAACAUCGUCAAGUCCCUGGAAUCUUCCUUGGGCACCGGUAAUCUCCAGAAGAUGUCCGAGACCAUGGACUCUUUCGAGAAGCAGUUUGUGAAUAUGGAGGUUCAAGCUGAGUUCAUGGAGAGCGCUAUGGCCGGAUCCACCUCUCUUUCCACUCCUGAAGGCGAGGUCAACAGCUUGAUGCAGCAGGUGGCCGAUGAUUAUGGCCUCGAGGUCUCGGUGGGUCUGCCGCAGCCGGCAUCUCACGCUGUUCCGACUAAGGAGGCGGAGAAGGCGGACGAGGGUGACUUGUCUAGGCGACUUGCUGAGCUUAAGGCGAGAGGUUAAGAUCGAGUUAUUAUCAUUAGGGUGAUGGGUGUCAUUUGUGAAUGAAAUACAUAUAAACUACACAAUUAUGCUUGAGUUUUUGUCUUUUUUUUAAUAAUGAGAAUGAAUGUUUUGUGUAUAUUCAACUGAAUUUCUCUCUAAGCUGUUACUUUUAUACUGUAUUUUGGGAUGAUCCCUUUGCAGCAUACCUGUCCUAGUUGUUACUUAUGCUUAUUAGCUUUAGCCAUGUGACUUUCUUGAACAACGAUGUAGAUUUUGUAGAUAUUAGGCGGUGUGUGAUGUUUGAAGAACAUGUCCAGUUAUAUUGUAAGCAUAAUUGUAUAGCAGGUAAGUGGAUGAUGGUUCAUGUA